AUGCAAACGACCUCAAUUCAGACCAGUCCAAUGAAGGACGGGCGCCGCAUUCUGGGCGAGAAGGAUACCAAUGCGUGCUUCUCGCCAGUCCACCAGAAUAAACAGUCGAUUUUGGUCGGAACGCCCACCAAACGAGCCCUCUUUGCUCCCGUGUCUCCUAAGAAGCUCCUACCCUCGCCAAUAUUUGCCGGUCAAAAGCGUUCACGGGACCAAGUUGAGGAAACUGAAUUGAACAAUGCCCCGCCGGCCACGCGGGGCGAAGAAAACUUCAAUUCCACGGACACACAAGAUACCCAGCAGACAAACAGAGGAAAAGACGCGCUGGAUCGCGUCGCUGCACCAUCAUCAAGCUCCGAGCGCGACCAGCGUCAGCAGGAGACGAAACAAAACCCACCAAGCGUGGCCGGGAGCGCUGUUCAAGCUUCACGGAAAGUCCCCGAAGACUUCCAUGCACGAAAGAUUUUCAUUCAAGAAAAAGCGGCUCUUCUCCGAAACACGCUCCAAACUGCCAUGCAGAGCGUGACAGACCACCAAAUCGACCGCCGUGUCUCUGAUCUCGAGGAACACAGUCGUAAAGUCCCCCGAAUCACGCCCUCGUCCUUCUCUUCUCCCCUCCCUGCCUUGUCCUUCCGGAAACCCACUACGCCCCAAUUCCACACGCCGCGUCUUGGGUCUAUGCUAGACAUGAGUUCUACUCCCACCCAGCAAACCCCCGAUCUUCCACGGCGGUACUCUCCUAUCAAGCACACUUCCGUCAAGCUGCAGAGCACGCCUCUCCCCGAGGGCGGCUCUCCUAUGCAGCUGAGUAGCCCGCCGGCAACCGUAAUCCAUCAUGGCAAUGAUGAAAGCAGUGAUCGGAUGGAACAAGAUCGGAAGGAGACGAGUGAGGGGGCUUUCUCCUUCGCAAAGAGGAGAUGCUGUUGA